AUGCAUCCGGACAUGCACAUUUUCAGUUGGUUAAAAUACAAAAUGACUGAAAUAUAUUCAUUUGGCAAUUUGCCUGUUAUUGCACAUGCAUGGAAUAAAGAUCGUACACAAAUUGCUGUAUCAUUGGGAAAAAAUGAUGUACGUAUAUAUCAUAAAAUAGCUGGUAAAUGGAAAUUAAUACAUACAUUAUGUGAACAUUUAUCACGUGUAUUAGCUAUUGAUUGGGCACCAAAAACAAAUCAAAUUGUUUCAGCUAGUGCUGAUUAUAAUGCAUAUGUUUGGACAUUAGAAAAUGAUGUUUGGAAACCACAAAUGGUAGAAUUACAACGAACAAGUCGAGCUGUUUGUUGUGCUAAAUGGUCACCACAAGAAAAUAAAUUUGUUAUUGGUUCAAGUGAUAAAAAUGUUGCUAUAUGUUAUUAUGAAAAAGAUCAACGAUUUUGGGCAGCUGAAAUGAUUAAAAAAAAACCAAAAUCAACAGUAACUUGUAUUGCUUGGCAUCCAAAUAAUCAAUUAAUUGCUGUUGGUAGUUGUGAUUAUCGAUGCCGAAUUUAUUCAGCUUUUAUUAAAAUUGUUGAUGAUCAAGCACAAACAUCAAAUUGGGGAACAAUUAAAAAUACAAACGAACUUUUAUAUGAAUUUCAAUCAGAAUCAGGUUGGAUUCAUGAUGUAGCUUUUUCACCAUUAGGUGAUAAUCUUGCAUGGGUAUCACAUAAUUCAAUCAUAUUUGCUGUUUCAGCUAAGAAUCCAUCUCAAAUUAAAAUGGAAAUAACAAACUAUUUACCAUUUCGUUGUGUUAUUUUUAUAAAUGAAUCAAUGUUAAUUGUUGGAGGACAUGAAUUUUCUCCAUUAAUUUAUAAUUAUGAUCAAGAUAAAGGUACAAUUGAAUUUGUUGAAAAACUUGAUCGACAAGAAGUAUCAACUGGUCGUUCAUCAAUUGGUCAAGAAGUAGAUUUUGUUACACCAUAUCAAGCAUCUCGUCGCUUUGAUCAACCAGCAAUGCAAACACAAACACCUGAACCUAUUUCAACUCAUCAAAGCAUGAUAACGCAAAUUGUGCCUUAUCAAAACGAGAAUGGUAAACUAGUAAAAAUAAGUUCUGCAGAUUUAUUUGGUCAAAUAGUUAUAUGGAAUUUAAAUGACAAAAAAGAAAUUGUUAUUGAAGCCGGACAAGAGUUACGUGGUGAUGUAGAUGAAACAUUGACGCUUGAAUUACGUUCAGGUAAAGCUGAAAUAUUCGGUACUGAAUUAGCUAUUGGUCAGAAAUAUCAAUUUACAUCUGGAAUGAAAUUUUCUAUAUUUACUUAUUGGGGUUGUACUGUAAAUAUUAUUUCAUCACAUGAUGAUUAUUAUGUUGCACGUGAUGAAAAUCCAAUGCAUAUUUAUUUAAAUGUACAUGGUAUGUUAGAACAAUUAAGACAAAAAGCUGAAUCAGAAAAAACUCGUGGACCUCGUAUAAUGGUAGCUGGUCUACCCGAUGUAGGUAAAAGUACAUUAUGUCGAAUGCUUGUUAAUUGGGCAGCCCGACUUGGUCGAACGCCAAUAUUAGUUGAUCUUGAUGUUGGACAAAAUCAAGUAUCUAUUCCAGGAACAAUUGCGUCUAUGGUUAUUCGUCGACCAGCGUCUGUCGAAGAAGGUUUUCGAAUUGAAAUGCCACUUGUUUUUCAUUAUGGUUAUAAAACACCCGGUGAAAAUAUUGGUUUAUAUAAUGAAAUAGUAUCAUCAAUGGCUAUGUAUGUUAAUAUUCGAUCGGAAAACGUCGAAAAAUCUCUUAUCAGUGGUAUUGUUGUCAACACUUGUGGUUAUAUUCGUCAAGAAGGUUAUGAAUCAUUUAAACAUGUUGCCAAAGCAUUUGAUGUCGAUAUAAUAAUUGUUCUUGAUAGUGAAUGGUUAGCAACAAAAUUAAUAUCAGAUUUACCUUCCGUUAAAGUUAUAACAUUACCAAAAUCAGGCGGAGUUGUACCAAAAGAUGCAGCUAAAGAUAAAUUUCGUGAAAAUAAAAUUCGUGAAUAUUUUUAUGGACCAAAAAAUAAUAUAUGUCCACAUGUAUUUACAAUUGAAUUUAAUGAAAUAAAAAUGUAUAAAAUUGGUGCACCACAAAUACCUGAUUCAUGUUUACCAGCUGGUAUGAUUUUAAAAAAUCCAUAUAAUAAAAUCUUACCAGUAGCUCCAAGUGCUGCAUUAGUACAUCAUGUUUUAUCAGUUAGUAGUUCAAAUGACCCUGAACAAUUAUUAGCAAAAAAUUUACUUGGCUUUGUUGUUGUUCAACAUGUGGAUUCAGAUAAACGUACAUUAACACUUCUUGCACCACAACCUAAUAUAAAAAAUAAACUUCUCAUUGUAUCCGAUGUAUUAUUUGUUGAUUUGAAAUGA